AAUUCUCAUAAUCCAUGUACUUUUUUGAAGAUGAUCCUAUUAUUAAUGGGAAAUAAAACCUUUAAUCAGGUAGUAUGCAGCAGGGUAAUUCUCAUGGUAAAAACAUAGGUGCCAUUCCCUUUAUCUCAUUUGUUCAUUCAGUGUAUUCAUUGAGUGCCUUCUCUGGACAGCACCCCGCAUGAAUAGCCGUAAAUCAAGACUGAUCCCUAACGCAGAAGGCAUUAGAUCUCUUUGGGGAAGAAGACAUAUGCACAAAUAAUACACAAUUAAAUGUCUUAAAUAUUGUAAUGGAGAUGUAAAUGAAAUACAGUGCAAGUAUUGAGAAAAGCAAGAUACAUUCUCCUGAGGAAAGAGGGAAGACUUUCUGGAAGAGAUGGCAUUUAACAUGCCACUUGAAAAUGGAGAGAAUUUGAAUGGGAACAGGAAGAGAAGAGCAUCCUAAGAGGCAUGACCAUGUGGACAAGUUGAUAGAACUCAGAAAGUGUGUAUAUACAAGAGCCAGCUAGUGCUUCAUGGGGUGAACAUUUCUGGAGUGACUACCAGGUGUAAGACACUGCCUAGGGAGCCAGGAAAGGGAUGGGCUUUACCUUGAGGGAAAAUUUCUUCUAAAGUGUAAGUCAAAACACAGUUAUGAGUUAAGUUUGAGCUGAACUGAGACAUUGGAAUAGGAUUCUGUGGUGAUGGCUUUUGUGAUGGUGAUACUGUUUGUCAUUUACUCAACCCUACAAGGUUCUAGGUGCUAUGGUAAAAAAUUUACAUGCAUUCUUUUCUUCAGGUCUCCAUAUAAGAUAUGAUUACUCUUUUAUUCCUACUUGUUAGCUGAGAAAAUUGGGGCUUAACAAGUCAAUUAAUUUAUGUAAUGUUGCCCAGCUGGUAAAUAGCAAACUCGAGAUUUGAACAGGUGUAUUGGAUUUCAGAGCCUGUAACUCACUAAGGGGAGCCAUAGAAGACAUUUGAAUAGGAAAAUGAUUUCAGCUGUUGUUCUUAGGCAUUCAUUUGACUACAGGGGUAAUACCAUGAUUAAAGAAUGAUGCUAGUGAACAGCUAUCAAGUAGCUAAAUGAGGGUAAUAGUAAUGGGUAUGAAAAGGGGAAAGAGGUAAUGGAGGUCAAAAGAUGCAGUCCCUAACCCCCAGGCUGCAGACCAGUACCAGUGUAUGGCCUGUUAGAACUGGGCCACACAGCAGAAGGUGAGUGAGGGAGCAAAGCUUCGUCUGUAUUUACAGCUGUUUGCCCUUGCUUGCAGUCGUGCCUAAGUUCUUCUGUCAGGUUGGGAGCAGCAUUAGAUUCUCACUGGAGCCCAGCUAUGAACUGUGCAAUGAGGGAUUUAGGUUGGGUGCUCCUUGAGAGAAUCUAAUGCCUGAUAAUCUGAGGUGGAGCUGAGGUAGUGAUGCUACUAGCACUGAGCAGUGGCUGCGAGUACCGAUUAUCAUUAGCAGAGAGGUUAGAUUUCACAGAUACCAUAAUAAAUCAAUUGCUUGCAGACUCAUCAGAAACUUUCUGCCCACCCUAGUCUGUGGAAAAAUUGUCUUCUAAGAAACUGGUUCCCGGUGCCAAAAAGGUUGGCGACUGCUGUCAUAAAGAUAACAAUUCAAAGGCAGUACAUGCCCCACUACUACCCUUCCUGCUCUUGUGCGCACACCUACCCUGAUGAUGCAGCCUUCACUGGAUAUCAAACCAUUUAUGUCUUUUCCAGUGGACAGUAGUUCAGCUGUUGGGCUCUUUCCAAAUUUUAACACAAAAAGAAGAGGCUUAUUUGGGACCAAUAAAUUAUGCCAGAUGGAUCCUGUGCAAAAAGCAGUCAUUAACCACACAUUUGGAGUGUCCAUUCCCCCAAAGAAGAAGCAAGUUAUUUCUUGUAAUGUCUGUCAGCUUCGUUUUAACUCGGAUAGCCAGGCCGAGGCCCACUACAAAGGAAGUAAACAUGCCAAGAAGGUCAAAGCACUAGAGGCAACGAAAAAUAAACCCAAAAUGGUUUCUUCCAAGGACAGCGCAAAGGCUAAUCCCAGCUGCUCCAUCACUCCAAUCACAGGCAACAGCUCUGACAAAUCAGAAGAUAAAGGGAAGUUAAAAGGCAACAGCUCCGGUCAGCCACUGAGCUCUGAAGGUGUCACAUUUCUCCUCAAGUCUGGCACCGCACCCCUGCCACCUGGAGCAGCCACUUCUCCCUCUAAGAACACAAAUGGAGCUCCCAGUACUGCUGCUGAAUCAGAAGAAGAAAAAGCCAAAAAAUUACUUUAUUGUUCACUAUGCAAAGUGGCUGUGAAUUCCCUGUCACAGCUAGAGGCACACAACACAGGAUCUAAACACAAGACCAUGGUUGAGGCUCGUAAUGGGGCUGGUCCAAUUAAAUCCUACCCUAGACCUGGGUCAAGAUUAAAGAUGCAGAAUGGCAGUAAGGGGUCAGGACUACAGAACAAGACAUUUCAUUGUGAAAUUUGUGAUGUUCAUGUUAAUUCAGAAAUUCAACUCAAACAGCAUAUUUCUAGCCGAAGGCAUAAAGAUCGAGUUGCAGGGAAACCUCUGAAGCCGAAAUACAGCCCUUACAACAAACUCCAGCGGAGCCCAAGUAUUUUAGCGGCAAAACUUGCAUUCCAGAAAGAUAUGAUGAAACCUUUGACUCCAGCCUUCCUGUCUUCACCUCUGGCGGCAGCAGCGGCCGUGUCCACUGCGCUGUCACUCCCACCUCGGCCAUCCGCCUCACUCUUCCAGGCUCCAGCCAUUCCUCCGGCUUUGCUGAGGCCUGGGCAUGGGCCCAUUCGCGCCACUCCUGCCUCCAUCCUCUUUGCCCCAUACUGACAUCUGCAAGCUCCAAGAUGGUUGAGACCAGUAGGAAAGCUUGGAAGAAAGCCAAAAGGAUUCAGCAAUUUCAACAUUUUGUGUUGCAGUGCCCCCACCCACCCGCAAAAUGCAGCCUACCCCGUGAAGCCCCAAUUCCAAAGAAAAAUCACUAGAUUCAAGAGUGCUCUUAUGGACUGCACCUAGAAUUUAGGAAUCUGAGCAGCAUAGGCUUUCUCUCCCUAUUCCCUCCCCUAACCCACCCCAUGCCCUUUCUGUACCUGAGAUAAUUGUUUUCUUGAACAUGUAUUGGUCAAAAAGACAAAGAAAGAAAAUUUAUUCUCUAUUUUUCCAUGUGUGUGAUCUGAUUUAGAAGAAUAUGGAAUAUUUUCCUGACAGACUUGAAAACUAGGAUCUUCCUCAGAUGUCUGUAAAUAACUCUGGAGUCCAACUGGGCAUAUUCUAGUGUGGGACAAAUAUCAAUGAACAUAAGUGCUUCCUUGUGGCUGCCAUCUUACCAACGGAUCACAGCAUUUUCUUUUUGAUGUACUAUUGUUGACAGGGAUUGUGUACUGUUUUAGACCCAAGUACUGUUGUAUCCUGUGUAGUACUAGAUCUGUAUCUCUCGUCCAAAUUAAUCAUUUUUAGUUUCUGUGUAAAUGUUAGGAAGCAAAGUAGCUUUGAAUUUUCUCUUUAAGACAACAAAAAAUAAAGUAAUGUAUUUUCUUUAUUUCACAUUUUAUUUGGAGAUAUUUAAAUGAAAUAGAAAGCCAUAUAACAUAGCUCUAAUUAUUACCUGUUUGCUGUUUGUGUUUAACUUAUUUUGUAGCUUCCUCAUCAGUUUGAGUUGCUAAGCAAAUGGAUACAAACUGAAAAAGAGCUUCCUAAAUUGCACAUUUUUUGCACCUCUUGUGCAUUCUGCAAGAAGACAAUGAAUCCAUGUAUUUCUACAUAAUUAUCUUCUUCAUUUUUAACCUGUUUUCAUUUGUAAUGAUGCUACAUAAUUUUGUGGCUCCCUAAUGCAAUAAUGUACAGAAGAUAAAACAUUUGUAAUUGAACAAUCUGUCUUUCUGUUCACUGACUAUGUUGCAGGUCAUGCUCCUGCGCCCCCCUUUCUACGCUGAUAUCAACAAGACUGGAAUGUUUGUGAUAUCAGGGGCAAGAGUUAGCAUAAAACAACAAAAUAGAACUCAUUUAGAGCAUCUAUAUCUGCAAUCUAUAAAUGGUAAAAUGUCUGUGUAUUUUUUUAAAUGUACCUUUUCAAUAAAAGUACAAAAAAUAAAAA